UGUUGAUCACGUUGCCUUCCGCCUUCCCGGGCCCUCGUGACCUUCACGUGUUCCCUCCCCAUUCAAUCAUUCUGAAGAUUUGAGAAACGCAGCAGCCUAAGACUCAGCCUGGAGGCUGGACGACAGGAACCACGUCCAGCACAGCCUGACCGCCUCGCCCUAGAAACGAAGCCCAAGAGAUGCCGGAAGGGCCUUCUGUGAGGAAGUUUCACCGCCUUGUCUCCCCCUUUGUGGGCCAGAAGGUGGUCAAGACAGGAGGGAGCAGUAAGAAGCUGAACCCCGCCUCCUUCCAGUCUUUGUGGCUCCAGGAUGCCCGGGUGCAUGGAAAACAAUUAUUCCUUCGGUUUGAUCCAAAGGAGGAGAUGGAGCUACUUGGCAGCAGCCCACAGCCUGAACAAAGAAUGUGGCAGAAAGAGGCCCAGGACCCAGAGCUGGCCCUGGGGCCCCAUGCUCAGGAAACUUCUGCAGGCCCCUCUGGAUCUGGGGAGCCUGUGCCUAGUGGAUCUGAUGACCCCUGUGGUCCUGGGGGGCACAACCUGUUAGCAGUUGCCCAGAGGUGGCUGGAGGUCAGAUUUGGUUUGUUUGGCAGCAUCUGGGUGAACGACUUCUCCAGAGCAAAGAAAGCUAAUAAGAGAGGUGACUGGAGAGACCCUGUGCCCAGGCUGGUACUCCAUUUUGAUGGUGGUGGCUUCCUGGCAUUUUAUAGUUGCCAGAUGUCAUGGAGUCCUCCCCCAGAGGUUGAGCCCACCUGCGACAUCUUGUCUAAUAAGUUCCAUCGAGGACAAGCCUUGGAAGCUCUGAGCCAGGCUCAGCCUGUGUGCUAUACACUAUUGGACCAGAGAUACUUUUCAGGAUUAGGGAACAUUAUAAAGAACGAAGCCUUGUUCAGAGCAGGGAUCCAUCCUCUCUCUCUCGGUUCACUCCUGAGUUCUUCCUCUCUAGAGGCCCUCGUGAAUCAUGUGGUGGAGUUCAGUUCAGAUUGGCUUCGGUACAAACUCCAAGGCAAGGAACAGCAUACACAGAUCUACAAGAAGGAGCAGUGUCCUUCUGGUCACCAGGUUAUGAAGGAGAGCUUUGGGCCCCCUGGUAGACUCCAGAGGCUUACCUGGUGGUGCCCUCAGUGCCAGCCCCAGCUGCCAUCUGAGGAGCCGUAGAAUCUGCUGUCCUCAUAAAAACACUUGGCCAUCUUCAUGGAACUUGUAGCCUUGAAGAUCUAGAUACCAUGUGUCCUGAGAGAAAGGUGUAGGCAGGACUCAUAUAACAGGUUGGGGAUGGGGUCCGGAGGGUCAGUAUUGUUGACACUCAUCUCAUUGGAUUAUGCAUAAGCCACAACUUUCAGGGGGAUAGAUGUUUUCCUUUUCUGGUUAAUUCUAUAUAAUCCCACCAUGCUGUCAAAAUCCUGAC